AUGCGUGGCCGACUAACAGGCAUCGGCGUCGUGGCGUCGUUGCUGGUUUUAUUAUCGGAGUGCUACGAUCCGCAGGAUGCGAAUUUGAAGACCCUGCUGCCUUCCAAAGGCACCUUCGAGGCGUUCUAUCUGAAAGACGAGGAGACCGGAUCGUCCAGAGCCGCCCAUUCGCACGGCACCUUCUACAAGCACCGGAACCCCGCAUUGGUGAAUGCCAAAAACGCCGCCGCUUAUGGGUUCAGAUUCGACGGCAUCGCAAGUGGCCCAGGAUCUGGUCCUGCCAAGAUCAACAGAGGGAAGCGCGUAUAA